GUGAGAGAGACUCUGAGCCUCAACAAUAAUCAAAUCCAUUCAUCAUCCGUUUGCUAUGGCUUCUUCUAGCUGUCAACAAAAUAAGCAUUCUCCUUCUACUUCUACUGUGAUUUGUUUCUUUAAGAUUAUUCUUAGACAAACUCUUCAAAACGAAGACUUUAUCAAAGAGCAGCUGCCAUGCAGUGGUCAGCAGCCGGUGAAAAGGCCAGAAGAACCAAAAACUAGAGAUGUGGAUAGCAGUCCCAACACCCAAAACAUGACACUUAACGAGGGACAGCAGAAGAAAAGAUUGAAUGAACCAUUGCCAAGAGAAGUCUGGGGCCAACCAAGGAAAACACUGAGAGCACCAGUGUCAUUUGCUUCUAAAGGUAGACAGUUGGAAAAUGACACACAAAUCAAGGAUGUGGAAAUAAGCUUCUAUUCGCACGGUAUUAAAUCUAAAGAAAAAAACCAUGAGAUGCCAGUGUCUGUCAAUCAAGAUUCUAAUGGCAAAAGGAAUAGAAGAAGAAAAGAUUCUGAAUCUCCUGUUAGGCCCUGUCCUACAAGACCUGAAUCUUUGAAAGAGCUAAAAAGUUUAAGUGGGAAAAGGCCUCUUUCAUCAUCAAGAUAAUGCAACGGUCUCAAACGAGAGCAUCAUGUUAUUUUGAAAAUAACCCCCCAAAAUGCAAAUAUAAGUUUUGGAAAGAAGUUGUUCCCUACUAAGUUGAUCUGUAGCCCAUCAUCAUGUGAUGCCUUUAUCUCUGCUGGUUGGAACCUUUUUGCUCGAGCUAGGAAAUUACAAGCCGGAGAUAUUUGUUUAAGCUCAUCAAUAGAAAAGAUCCGGUGCUUGAUGUUCAUAUUUGUCGUCGACAAUGCCGCGGUAAGGCAAUUGCUUAGAAAUUCUUAAGCCUGUGUUAUUCUGUAAAAAAUUAAGAUAUCAGUACAACAUUAAAAACAUAAUUAACUUUAAAAAUGGAAUAAAAUUUAGCAUUAUCCUCGUUAAAAAAAUUAUAUUUAAAAUUAAUUGGCCCUGUGUUUGACUUGGAGUACAUUUUACAAAUCUUUAAUUCUUCCCUUCCUUAAAACAUUUAUAGCAGCAGAGUUCCAAUCUUAAGGAAACUAUUGUUAGUUUUGGCUAAAAAUGCAGUUAGUUUAUGAAUGCAGUGAGUACUCCUUAAU